AUGUCAUCCGAAGACGCCAAACCUAAAGCAACCAUCGAGGAGAUCCUUGCCUCGUACCCUCAGGUCGCUGCUCCAAGCGAACAAACAGGAUACACCUCCAACUUGACUGAAGACCAAAAGGCUAAGUUGGUCCAAUUCCGGGAAGAAUUGACUGCCGCUGGCUACAAGGACAGAUUGGAUGAUGCAUCGCUUCUCAGGUUCCUUAGAGCCAGAAAGUUCGACAUCGCCAAAGCCAAGGAUAUGUUUGCCAAGUGCGAGAAGUGGAGAGAAGAGUUCGGCACCAACACUAUCUUGACCGACUUCAAGUACGACGAAAAGCCACUCGUGGCCAAGUUGUACCCCCAAUACUACCACAAGACCGACAAGGACGGAAGACCCGUCUACUUCGAGGAGUUGGGUAAGGUCAACUUGACCGAGAUGUUGAAGAUCACCACUCAGGAGAGAAUGUUGAAGAACUUGGUCUGGGAAUACGAGUCUUUCACCCAAUACAGAUUGCCUGCCUGCUCCAGAGAAAGGGGCCACCUCGUGGAAACCUCGUGUACUGUGUUGGACUUGAAGGGAAUCUCGAUCUCCGCUGCCAGCCAGGUGCUUAACUACGUCAGAGAAGCCAGUUACAUUGGUCAAAACUACUAUCCAGAAAGAAUGGGUAAAUUCUACUGCAUCAACUCGCCAUUUGGUUUCUCCACUGUGUUCAAAUUGUUCAAGCCAUUCUUAGAUCCUGUCACUGUUAGCAAGAUUCACAUCUUGGGCUCCUCAUACCCUAAGGAGCUCUUGAAGCAAAUUCCUCCUCAAAACUUACCCGAGAAGUUUGGUGGUGCUUCCAAGUGCAGUGAAGACGAGUUGUACUUGAACGACUUUGGUCCAUGGAGAGAUGCUCAGUACAUCGGUCCAGAGGGCGAAGCUCCCAGAACCUUUGCUUAG